GGAAAGGUUGCCCGGCCUUUGGCGAACCCCCGAGAUAUGAUCUUUCGGUUCUGAGUGAAAAACCGAGGGGGGUUUUAUCGUUUUUACAGGUCGUCGGGCGGCGCCGCGGACAGAAGCGCUCCGGACGGCGCCCCGGGUGCUCGCGUCGCGGUUCCUAAAAUCAUUUUCCGAGAUUUUCCGGAAAAACAAAACAGGCCUAGCUUCGUACCUCAAAAAGUGACUCGAGUGCAACAGACUCAAAAUUAAACGACCUAAAAUUGUGAUAGUUUAAAUUUGAAAAUGGAAUAUAAAAGUUAAGGUUACAACAGCCAUGCAAGCGAUGAGCGCGAACACUAGCGCGCCGCGUGCGCCUCAACGUUCUCCGUUUGCGAUCCAAGAGUUGUUAGGCCUCUCGGACAACCGGGACUCUCGGGACCGGUACUUCGAAGGCCGGGAGGACCGGGUGCUGAAUCUGUCUGAGAGCCGGGAGUCCCGAGGGUACACUCCUCAGUUCCAGCUACCGGCUUCGGUAGCCAGCCGCGUGGCUUACGCUGCGGCUUUCAACGCACAAGCGGCGGUGGCCGCUGCCUUCCUGCCUGGACCACCUUUGUUACAUCCCCCUCCAGGUUUCCCGCAAAUCAAGUCGCCCUACAGUCCCACCAGCCAGCCGCAUCUUACAGCGGUGCGACAGUUUUACGCAGGAGUGCCGUCUUUAGACGCGGCGAAAGACUUCACGGUCGACGGUCUCACGGGCUACAACGGCAAGAAGAAGAAGAAAAAACGCAGGCACAGCCGGACCAUCUUCACGUCGUACCAGCUGGACGAGCUGGAGAAAGCCUUCAAGGACGCCCACUACCCUGACGUGUACGCCAGGGAGAUGCUCUCCCUCAAAACCGACCUACCCGAAGACAGGAUACAGGUCUGGUUCCAAAACCGUCGGGCGAAAUGGCGGAAGACGGAGAAAUGUUGGGGCCGGUCCACCAUCAUGGCGGAGUACGGCCUCUACGGCGCCAUGGUGCGCCACUCGCUGCCGCUGCCGGAGACCAUCCUGAAGAGUGCGAAGGAGAAUGACUCCGUAGCACCCUGGUUACUCGGUAUGCACCGCAAGUCGAUGGAGGCAGCACAGCACCUGAAGGAGUCGGGUUCGGAGCGCGAGGGCUCGGAGGCGGAGCCCGACAGGGCCACCUCGGCCUCUCCACACCACCACGAUGUGCACGAUACACAGGCGCAGAGUUCCCCAGCGAGCAGUACGACGGCGUCCUCCUCCGCCAAGGGUCGCGCGUCUCCGGAGACCAGGGAGAUGUACGAGGACCCCGAGGCCUUCAGGAACAACAGCAUCGCAUGCCUCCGGGCCAAGGCCCAGGAGCACCAGGCGCGGCUGCUGUCCAAUAAUUUACUUCUGCAGGUCCGAGGGCUAUCUCGUAGCGCCAGCAGCGCAUGCGACGACGACGGGCCGGCAGACAUCGACGUGGGCACGGAGCCGCCGCCGCUGGAGCCCCUCCCCCCGCACCCGCCGCACCCCGCGCACCUCUACUGACCCCGGGCGCCCGAGCCGGGACCGAAGCCCUAUUAGCUGCUAACGGCGGGAAGUUAGAACAAUGAGGCUAGCAAUGUCACCAAGUGGAUUGCCUUGUGGAACGCCGAUGCUUGGGAAAUUAUGUAGAUGUAAC